UCCCAUGUCCAUCAUCCUCCUCAUCAACAUUGUCAUCUUCAUCCUGGUGGUUCGACAACUGAUCCGAUCUGCCAACAUCACUGGUCGGGUGAAAGGAGAGGCUAAGGUAGAACGCCAAGAGGCUAUCGAACGCGUCCAGAAUGCAAUCUGCAUCUUGCUCCUGCUCGGUCUGACCUGGGUCACCGGAUAUCUGCUCUUGAUCCCGUUAUUCAGUCAGGUGGCUCAGCCAAUCUUCGUCGUCCUGAACUCCUUCCAAGGAUUUUUCAUCUUUCUACUCUACUGCGUCCGGAAGCCUCACAUCCGUAAGAAAUGGGGGCUAACUUGUUAAUGAUGAUCAGGUUGAUUACACCAACAAUG